AUGGCUGCGCCGGCAAACACCGACGCGCUAGGCCUGCUCAGCGCAGCGCUUAACUCGCCCGACAAGCAGCAGGAGGCGCGCCAUCUCUCCGAGCUCUACAACCUACUCAAGGCUCAGCCCGGCAACGUCCCCAUCCUCCUCCCCUCCCUCAUCUCGCUGCUUCCCAAGGCGAGCACAUCGCUCCGAACAUGGAUCGCUCAGGUCAUGGACCUCGCCUUCUGCAGGCCCUCGCUCUCCCAGGACACAAAGGCCACCCUCGCAUCCCAUGCACCGGACGCCAUCCUCCUGCUCAUCAAGGACCGCGAUCCGCGUCUCACAAAGAUCGCAGCGCAGUGCUUCGCAAGCAUGUACCCUGUCCUCUUUCGCCUCGUCUGCAACGACCGUGCCAAGUCCUCGCUCUGGCAGACGGUCCAGGCCAUCAAGUCCCAAGUCGUACACCUCUUCGAUAACGGCAGCCUCGGCACAAAACUCGCCAUCAUCAAGUGCUACCAGCGCAUCGUACAAGUCCAGUCCCGCGGCUCCACCGAUCCAAGAGCACAGCUCAAAAACGACGUCAGCCUCAGCAUCGUCCCUUCCGCCCACCCCUUGCUCAAUGUCGCCGCGCUGGAAGAGGAGGCGAACCGCCUUUUCACCCAGGCCGUCACCCUCAUCUUCACAAGCGACGUCGUCGACCUCAUCAUGGCUGCCGUCAACUCGCUCACCGUUCUCGCAAAGUCGCGCCCACAACUCGGCUCCGUCAUCCUACGUGCCAUGGCCACCUGGACGCCCGCCAGCCUCGGCAACCUCUCCCACACGCAGGUGCGCAACGUCGAAAAGACCGUCCGCAUCUUCUACCUCCACUUUGUCCGCAACCAGCUCGCCGGUCCAGAGUCGAGCUCGCUCCAAAAGGCUCUCGAGACACAACAGCGUCGCAUGGAAGAGGCCGCAAAGGCCUACCAGGCCGAGAGGGAGGCCGAGGCAAGGCGCAAGCGCGAACGCAUCGACGAGGAGCUCGAAGCGCCAAAGAAGGUCAAGCUCGAACAUCCACAACAGCCCGGCGCCUCGCCCUCUUCCGCCGCACACGACGGCGACCGCGCCGCCGGAGAGGCUUUCCGCAAUGCAUCCGUCCGCACCACUGGUGGUGUCGAGCGCAAUCCGUUAGCAGCUUUCGAUGUCAAGACGCUACCCAUCACGCUCGUCAUCGACCUCAUCAUCGCCAACUUGGAGGCGCUCUCCGAGCAAGAUCUGCACGCCGCCAUCACCAACAUGCGCGCUAAUCUCCCGCCAGACGCGUCGACCUCUGCGCAACCCGACGCCGCGCCACAACGCGCACCGGGCCCUGCCCCGGGACCGCCACCGCCACGCCCACCGACGACUACCGACCAGGCCCACCUCAACGGAGAUGCAGCCACCCCACUUGUCAAGCUCGAGCAAGAUCAAGAAGACACCGUGCAGGAUCCGCUUCAGAUGGACAUGGCCGAGGAGGAUCUCGACUUGUUAGAAGUCUCGGGUCGAGACAGAGCCAGAGCCGCGUCCGCCAACGGCCAAGACGACGACGAAGAAGAGCUAUCCAUGGCGGUCAUCGAGAACUUUGCGCUUGCACCACCCGAGUAUCUCUCGCUCGGCGAGUCGGAUGCGCUCAUCAAGGACACCGUCGCAAAGAUCUGCGAGCUCGGCUCGUCCUCCUCAGCCCUCGCCGCUUCCUCGCCUUCGAGUACAGGCGCACACGCUCUCUGGUCCUCGCUCGUCAUCCGUCUGGCCACUCGUGGCUUUGCCGAGCCGCCAGGCGCUUCGGAUGAAGCGUCCGCCGGCACGGCGCCAGAGACCAAGGUGGUCGGCGGCGUCGCCCCCACCCGCACGCUCGCCACCCAGGCAGACAUUGUCCGCGCGCUCAUGCUCGAGUUUGUCAAGGCCGACGUGGCGCGCCGCACGCGCUUUGCGGUCAACUGGAUGGCGGAAGAGUGGUUCUGCGACCGCGUGCGUCGCAAGCAAGCCGGUCCGGAACCGACCGUCAAGGACCAGUACCCGAUCUGGCUCGAGAAGCUCGUGCAUGCCUGGAUCCCCACCAUCGAUGCCAAGGACCGCUCGCUCGCCAAGUUCCUAGCCGACCUGCCCGAGAUCGCGCCUGCCGUGCUCGACCUCGUUGCCGAGCUCAGCAAGGACAAGGUCAAGAUGAUCGCCGGCAUGUCGACGCUGCAGGACAUCUGCAUGUCCAGGCCUGCGCUGCGCGACCAGGCGGCCGACAAGCUGCUCCAGCUCACCCGGACGAGCGAGCGCACCACGAGGGCCAAGGCGAUCAUUGCGAUCAAGCAGUGCGCCACCACCAACAGCGCGCUUGAGGCGACUAUCCUCGCGUUUGCUCGCAGCAACCUCGACAUCCUCAUCGACACGCCGCAGCCGCCCGAAGCGGCGCCGGAAGCCAAGACCGAGGCGGACGCGGCGAACGGUGACGAGCCUGGUACCGCGCAGGCCAACGGAAGCGUUAAAACCGAAGAGGGUGCAGAUGCAGCGGAACACGAUGGCGAGACGGUGACGGAGGAGUCGACGCAUCCCAGGGACGGCGAGGACGUGCUGCGGUUUGUGGAGCUGCCGUUUUCGCUGUGCACCAAGAUCCCCGAGAUGCUCGACGAGAUCUUUGCGGCGUAUCCGCGCACGCCCAAGUUUGUGCAGGCGGCGAUUGAGGAGCACAUUGUGAACCUCAUCCGCGCGUUGGGCCCCAACCAUCCGCGUCUUCUUACUUUGCUGCGCAACUUUCCCGAGGGUGCGGAUUCGCUCGCGCUGUGUAUUCUCAAGACGCUUACGGAGAAGAAUCGGGCGCCAGCGUUGGUGGAGGUGGUGAAGGAGUUGGUGGAUACGCGCGAUGUGGAUCCGCGCUUCCUGGUUCCUGUCAUGGCGGAUCUGGACAAGGCCGAGAUCAUGAAGCGUCUUCCCAAGGUGGUCACCAUCCUGGCCUCUCGGGCCCCCGAGGACCGGGCGCUGAUCAAGUCGGUGUUUCAGAGCAUUGUUCAGAUGCCACCGCAAGGAUUUGGCUCCGUAUCGAGCAACCUGCCUCGCGUGCGGCAGACGGAGUUGCUUACGCCCGUGGAGCUUAUGGGGCUCUUGCAUCGAGCCGAGCGCGAAAUCGGGCUCAAAAACACCGUGGCGGCGAUCCAGAUCUGCUUUGGCAUGACGGACGUCUACCGCUCCGAGGUGCUCGCCGCUGUGCUCAACCAGAUCUCCGAGGACCAGAAUUUGCCCAUGCUGUUCAUGCGUACGGUGAUUAUGGCCGUCUCGACGUACAAGUCGCUCUCGGGCUAUGUGGCACGCAAUCUGCUGUCACGCUUGAUCACCAAGAAGAUCUGGCAAAACCCACCGUUGUGGGACGGAUUCAUCCUGUGUGCCAAGCAGACCGCACCGAGCUCGUUUGGCGCUUUGAUCCAGCUGCCCAGGGACCAGCUCAGGGAGGUCGUUAGUAGACAACCCGACCUCAGGACGGGAUUGGUCGAGUAUCUGACCGCCAAGGCGGGGGGUAACCGCGCGAGGUUGGCCACGUUUAUGGACUUGCUUGGUCCGGAUCCUGAUGAUCCAGCCGCUGCCACAGAUGCGGCUACAGGAUAG